AUGGCAGGCUUCCUUUCGCGUUCCUUGAAUAUAACAGCAUCGGGCGAAGGAGACCCCACUACCCCAGAUAAAGAUGGCUUCGAGUAUUAUAAUACAUAUGCUUAUCUUCAGGGCGAUGACUUUAACCAAAGCCCUGACCCUAAUGAUGUCCCGAUACUGCACUCCUUCACGGGAACUAGUCUAUCCGACCUGUCUCUUACAGACAUGAGAAACAAACAAUUCUCGGUAAAUGCGAGCCUCCUCAAUACUCUAUUGGGAAAUAUCACCGGGUCGAUUAUCCCCCUCAAGAAUCUCUGGAGCACGAAGGUUAAUCUAACGGACAAUGUCAUGGUCAACGUAUACUCGCUUUCCCAACCAUUGAACAUCAUUCUGCCUUACUCCCUCACCCUCCUUGCUGGUCUUCUUAGCCUUUUGCUAGGGUUAUACUCGCUACGUGAGAAUGACGUUUCUGCAUUGGAUGGCGGUUUUCUCCAGAUUCUCACUACCACUCUGGGAAGUUCGAACAUUGACCGAGUUGUCCGUGAUGGCUGUCUUCGGGGGAUGAAAAUAUACCCUCUGCACUGA